CAAAUUGCCUGUAUGGACUAUUGACGAAAGUCACAUUUCUUGCCCUAGGGCUAACAUUAUUUUUGCAUCUAGACUGCCAGAUCUUUGUUCUGUACUUUUGGCAUGGCUGCUCACACUCUUACAGGGUUCUCUCUGGUCAGUCUGCUGAGUUUUGGUUAUAUGUCCUGGGAUUGGGUAAAACCUACUAUGCUUGCUGACAGUCCUGGUGAUGUUCUUGAAAAACUCCAAGCGUCCCCUGAUCCUCGCCCCCCGCACAUCAUCUUUAUCCUAACAGAUGACCAAGGGUUCCAUGAUGUAGGGUAUCAUGGCUCGGACAUUCAAACUCCAACUUUAGACCGAUUGGCAGCAGAGGGAGUAAAGCUAGAAAACUAUUACAUUCAACCGAUUUGCACCCCAUCGCGCAGUCAGCUUAUUACUGGAAGGUACCAAAUCCACACUGGGCUACAGCACUCCAUCAUACGACCCCGGCAGCCCAACUGCUUGCCGCUUAAUCAGGUUACUUUGCCACAGAAACUGCAGGAUGCUGGCUACUCUACUCAUAUGGUGGGCAAGUGGCACUUGGGUUUCUAUAAGAAAGAAUGCCUGCCCACACGACGUGGUUUUGACACAUUCCUUGGCUCACUGACUGGAAAUGUGGACUACUACACAUAUGAUAACUGUGAUGGACCUGGAGUCUGUGGUUUUGACCUACACGAAGGGGAAGAUGCUGCUUGGGAUAAAGCUGGGAAAUACUCUACGAUCUUGUAUUCUCAGCGUGUACAUCAAAUACUGGCUUCUCAUAGUCCCCAGCAACCUAUCUUUAUAUAUGUGGCAUUCCAGGCUGUACAUACACCUUUACAGUCUCCUCGUGAGUAUAUAUAUCCCUAUAGAAACAUGGGUAACGUAGCAAGACGCAAGUAUGCUGCCAUGGUGACCUGUAUGGAUGCAGCAGUAAAAAAUAUAACUCGAGCAUUAAAAAAAUAUGGUUACUAUGACAACAGCAUAAUUAUCUUCUCAUCUGACAAUGGAGGACAGACAUUUUCUGGAGGUAGCAAUUGGCCUCUGAGGGGUCGAAAAGGGACAUAUUGGGAAGGUGGAAUUAGGGGUUUGGGAUUUGUACACAGCCCAUUAAUUAAAAAGAAGAGAAGAACUAGCCGAGCCCUAAUGCAUAUUACAGACUGGUAUCCCACAUUGGUAAAGCUGGCAGGGGGGAAUAUUUCAGACACUGAAGGACUGGAUGGCUAUGAUGUAUGGGGGGCUAUUAGUGAAGGGAUGGAAUCACCCAGGACUGAAAUAUUGCACAACAUUGACCCUCUGUAUAACUUUGCCAGGUCUGGUUCUUUGGAGGAGGGGCAAGGAGUGUGGAAUACAGCAGUGCAGGCCUCCAUCAGAGUUAAAGACUUCAAACUCUUGACUGGUGACCCAGGUUACAGUGACUGGAUUCCACCACAAACCCUCACCAACUUUCCUGGUAGCUGGUGGAAUUUAGAAAGACACACAGAUGGGGCCCGUAAGUCCUUGUGGCUUUUCAACAUCACAGCAGACCCAUAUGAGCGCCACGACUUGUCUGCAGUAAAGCCAGAUAUAGUUAAGGAGCUUCUGAUACGCUUGUCUUACUAUAACCACACUGCUAUCCCUGUACGGUAUCCUGCUGAGGAUCCCAGGGGCAACCCUGAUUUGAAUGGAGGUGCAUGGGGACCAUGGGCCAGUGAAGAAGAUGAAGAGGAAGAAGAAAACUGGAUUACAAUGGGAGGACACCAAAAAAAUGCAAACAGAAAAAAGAAAUGUAAAAUUUGCAAGUUAAGGUCUUUCUUUAAGAAGCUAAACACACGCCUUAUGUCUAAUCGAAUCUGAAAGGACAUCUUGACAUUUUUAACCAGAUGCCAUCUAAUUGUUUAGUGUGAUAUUGUUAUCAAUCCUAUUUUUGUGGAUUCUUUGAAAUGCAACAUUUCGUGUGAAGUUCAUAUGUUAAAAAGCAGAUACAUGGAAAGAAGGCAGCAACACCAUAGUGAAAUGCCCCUCCAAGUUUGAUGGAAUUGAAGAGUGUAGAAUUCCUUCAGACCACAAGAACAAUUGCAGCCAUGAAUGCCUAACUUAUCUACAUUAUCUACCCUGUUACAUAGUUAUACAGUAGUCUAGGUUUAAAAAAGACUAAAGUCCAUCAAGUUCAACUCUUCUUUUUCUUAAACAAGUUCAUAGCACAGUAGAUAUA